CCCACAAUGCUUCCCUCGUUGCGCCAGUCCCAGGACCCCAGGCGGGGGUGGCGCCGGCGGAGUUCGGGCUGCUGGCGGGGGGGCGGAAAGGUGUGCGAAGGCUUGUUGAAUGCUUGGCUUGCUGCCAGCUUGCUAAUGGGGAGUGCGGCGCAACUUUGUUCCGAGGUGCUUUUGGCAGCCGGGUCGGCGGCUGGGCUGGUCGGGCCAGCUGCUCCCGCCUUCGGUUAUGUAACGCGGCACGAAAGCAGGGCCGGGAAGAGUCCAGCCCUGUCCCCGCUCCAGCCAAGUGUGGGUUGCCGGGGCGCCCCUUCCCUUCCUGCCUCCGCAGUAGCAUCACGGCCAUGAGCCCGGAGGAGCCGCGGCCCCUGCCGGGGAAUCUCAACGAGCUGCCCGACGACGCCCCAGUUGUGAGAGCCGCCGUGGCUGAACUGCGGCGCCGAGCCGAAGAGGAGCAGAUGCAGCCGUGGCCGCUCGGCUUCUCGGACGCCUUUCUAGUCCGCUUCUUGCGAGCUCGAGACUUCCAUCCGGACCAAACGUGGAAGUUGUUGAAAAACUAUAACAACUGGAGAGCUGAAUGCCCAGAAUUAAGUGCAGAUCUACGGCCCUCUUCUGUUCUCGGGCUUCUGAAUGCUGGUUACCAUGCAGUUCUAAGAGAGAGGGACCCAACAGGAAGUAAAGUUAUCAUUUACCGAAUUUCACAAUGGGACCCAAAAAUGUUUACAGCAUUUGAUGUGUUUCGUGUAAGUCUUAUCACAUCUGAACUUAUUGUAAGAGAGAUAGAGACACAGCGGAAUGGAGUCAAAAUUAUCUUUGACCUUCAAGAAUGGAGAUUUGCUCAUGCAUUUCAGAUCUCUCCAGUGGUGGCCAAGAGGAUUGCUGCUGUGCUCACAGAUUCCUUUCCACUAAAAGUUCGUGGCAUCCACUUGAUUAAUGAGCCUUUAUUCUUUCAUCCAGUCUUUGCUUUAAUUAAGCCUUUUCUUUCUGAAAAAAUCAAGGCACGGUUCUUGUCAUUGCAGAUCCACAUGCAUGGGAGUAACUAUGUACAGACUCUCCAAGAACACUUUCCCAGGAUCCUCCCAAACGAAUAUGGUGGUGAGGCAGUCUCUAUGGAAGUCUUAUCCCAAGAGUGGACUGACUUUAUAAAAGAAUCUGCAAGUUAUCUUCAGAGCAUUUCUCAGUGCGUGUAGAAGCAAACCAGUUCUAGAGGAACACAGUAAUUCGACACCCACCUAAGAAAAUGGGAUGAUAAUUGUUAAUUGUUCUGUGUUACUGGACCUGAUCUAUGGUUUAAGAUAGUUUCUGGUUGAUAAAAAUGUGAGUCGGCUCAGAUUCUGCAAAAGGCAGUGAAGCAAGCAAAAAAAAAAAGCUACAACAGUAGAGUUGGCAGCUGAACGUGAAAUUGGUUUUGGACCAGUAUCAAAUGUUUUGAUAUCAGAAUAAUCUUGCUACAGAAGAAAUGCCGUUUGCUGCAUUCUUAUUUUAAUGUGAAGAAGAAUACAAGAAAAUCUAUAUUUUACAGCUAAUGUGGACAUAUCUCCAAGCAGCUUGUAAAGGCCUACCAACAUGCAGGCUAAAACCAUAAAAAUUGCCUGUGUUGCAUCAGGCCAAAGGCCCAUCUAAUUUUCCAACAGUGGCAAAAAGAUCCCACUUGAAAGCUUACAAGCACAACAGGAUAGAAAUCACCAUUACCUGCUACUUGUUCUUAGUAGCUGGUGCUUAAUAGUAUGCUUCCUCUGAAUGUGGAGGUUGUAUUUAUUUCUCAUAGCUAAUAGUCAGUGAUAGAUCAAUCCUCCAUGACAUUAUUUAAUCCUGAUUUAAUGCAAUCCAAGCUGUAGAUGAUCUUGGUUACAGAUUCUUUAUGUGGCUUGUGAACAGUACUUUCUUUUAUCAGUCCUGAACUUAUUGAAUCAGUGAGGAGUACUGGAAAGGAAUUAAAUUUUGUCUACAGUCAUGUCCAGUAAUUUAGUAAUCAUACAGUUAUUGCUUGUGGUUUGGGUUGACAAGAGGCUAACAGAAACAGCAAAAAAUGUUGCAGAGCAGUAAUGUGUCUUGGAAAUGUGCUUAUGUUGCUAAUGACUUCUUAUACUUACUUGUUGUAGCAAGACUACAUGUGCUCAAAAUGAUUCUCAGGAAUAUUGAAAUGAUUCUUGAGUUACUUAGGUUUGCUUGCUUUGGGUGGGAUGGUUUAGCAAUAAUGAGAUACUUGUCGCAGCUAACUAUUUGUGCUACAAAGCUGCUAAUGCUGAUUUAACAAGGGACACAAUGUAAGAGUUAUGAAAACAAUGUGAAUAGGAAACAAGAAAAAAGCCUAGAAAUAAUACUGAUUUUAAAAGGUGAUGAUGCCUUCUCUAAACAGAUGUUCUUUUCAAACAAUAUUCAGGAAAUAUUUCAAUAAGAUACUUCCUUAGCACUUCAUAACUACUCAUUCCAGAACAGUUGUAGGAUAAUCCACUACAUUGACUUUAGUCAGUACUUCUAAAUUGUAGUUUAUAGCCUGCAGUGGUAUCAGACCUGGUAAAAUCAAAUAAGUCAUGCCAGUACAUCACCACAAAACACCUAAUUCUGAUGUUUCACUGAUGUUAUUCUGUUGUCAUAGACAGAUACAAAAGCACACAUUUACAGUCAGGAUUCUGGACCACGGAGAUUUGAAACUACUGUGCAAUUAAUGAAUUUAGAAACUUGUAUUUAGUUUAUAUUAGUAUCUGCAAGAAUUAACAUUCUUUACUCUCUCAGGGAAACCAAAUUUUUCCAUAAGCGUAUGCAGCUGCCUUACACCGAGUCAGGCAGUUGGGCCAACUCCCCAGGACUGCCCAGGAGCUUGGUCAGAGUUCUUUUCCAGCUCUGUUUCUUGAGUUGUGGUGAAAGAAUGUCAAGAGAAUUUUCUGUGUGCAAAACUUGUUCUCAACCACUGUGACUCCUCUUUCCUUUGAACAUGGGCUUCUCUGGAAUUAAAUCCAGGGCCCCUUGUUUCCAGCGUCCCUAGAUGAAUAGGCCUAGCCUAAAGCCACUCUCAGGGCAAUUCCUUUAUCUCUUUAUUUUUUAAAAAAUUGUGUGUAUAUAUAAAAAGUUUAAGCUAUAACUUAACCAAAUGUAAUGACAGUAAAUAAAAGCAUCAUGUUCUUCUCCCACACUAUAUCCUCUUAAUGGGCAAAAUAUACAGAAUUAUCCUUCCCCCCCUUUCUAUUACUGCCUGUGGAUGAAGGAAAAGAUGUUCCUUUCCACUAGCGUUCAGGACCAGCAAUUACAGCAGUAGCUGGAGGGCACUUGUAGCAUCCACUUACUCACCUUGUACUGCACUAAGAGAGGAAUAGAUGUUGCUGCUAUUCAUUCAGCCCCCACAAGGGCCUUUUCAGCAGCUUGUAGCACACUUGUAGCAACUAUCCUCUUGACAGACAGAUUGCCCUGCCUUCAAAUAUUUUCUAAUCAGCUCUAUGCAGAAGGGGAGUAUUUUCUUUAAAGAGGGAGGAAUACGUUUUCCAAUGUUGCCCCUGAUCCCUCUGUGAGAAUGACCAAGGUGUUGCUGCUGAAAAAGAAUGACCAAAUUGUUUCAGCAAUGCUGCUGAAAAAGCAUUGAUGGAAAAAUACAGGUGUGGGAUUCUCUUUAAACAUUAUCUGCUUAAAUCUUGAAUCUUUUAUUCCUGGGGACCAACACAAACAGUUUUUGUGAUGAGCUAAUCAGGUUCUUCAGGUUCUUCUUUGUGAAAGUUAGAAAGAGAUAUAAGGCUACUAAUAUGACCCUAAUGGUUUGCAUACAUGUGAGGGAACAGUGUCUUGUGCAAAACAAGUGGUACAGCUCCAUUGUGUAUGCCACUCAUCAGUUUCCAGUAUAAUUACCAAGAUUCUUGGUACCAAAAUUCUUGAGCAGUGGCUGUGAGAUGGUGCAUACUUGAGCCUUUUCAGAUCCUAUUCAUGCUACUUCCUUUCCCCACUCAUCUGUGAUUACUUUAUGUAACAGCCCCAUACUCUUGCUGGAUCAAGGGUGGCUGUUCUAAGUGCAGUCAUGCUAAAGUCCAGCUUCAACAUUACAGCUUCACACAGUGGUUCGCAGCACAAUGGGCUGUCAUUUUAUCCUGAAGAACCUGAUAUACCUUCCUGGUUUUUUUGCUUUAAGUCUACGAAUUGAACUGUGAGUUCCAGUCCUAUGUGCUCAGCGACAAAAAUAAAUUGAGGUGGUUUAUGUAAGAAAAAUAUUCAACUUCAGUUGAAAAAAGUUACAAGCACUUUAGAGAAUAUACACGGAAUCCUAUUCAAAUUUAAAAUAAGUUCUACUUUACUCUGUGGGAACUUGCUCCAACGAAAAAGAGGCAGGUUCUCUCAGCUAAAUAAGGUAGUGCUAUCAUUCACUUUCAGUUACCAUUACGAUUUUAAAUAGAAUCAGAAGUAUUUUUUAAAAUGUUCUGCUAUAUAACUUUGUACUGUAAGAUCUUUGAACUCAUUACUUUCUAAUUCACUUGAGUUUUACACUGCAUAUUAUUCUUUUGAGAAUAAAGAUUGAUUCUCUAUAUGAUGUUCCAAACCCCAGAAUUUAUCUCAUAAUGUCAUUUCAUCUGCAGAGAGAGAUGUUUCUGUGAUAUGAUUCAAAGGAACUGGGACGAGUUCAGCAAUCUCAAGGGCUUUAGACCCCCCCUUCCCUGCAGCCUUCCAUUGUUGCAUAACAUACUGCACUGAAAAUUAGGAGAGACUGGAAAACACUUUGAAAUAUAAUAUUGUAGCUUGCUGUUUUAAAAAAGGCAGAAAUGUUACUGAGCUAGUGCAAACCUCUGAGUAUGCCAAAAGUGCUUAUUUGAGUUCUUGCUGAAAGAAACAGUUCAGCAAGGCAUUAGACAUACUCCUCUAAUUCCAAUGCUCCCGAUGUGCCUCUGUGUUCAUAUUGCUCUUGAAAUCUUUUAAAAUAUUCUUCCUUUCUAAAACUACUUUUUCUCCAUGUCAAAUUCCAUAUUAUGGCCUCCAUGGUUUCAUUCCCACAUAUCACUGGAACCGCCUCUCCCCCUAUGCUUCUCCAAGGCAGCAUUAGUCAUCGCAGCAAAAUCAACAACUGCCUGAACAUGUGCAUUCUCCAUUGUGGCCCCUAAUUUAUGGUAUGGCAUACAUGAUGAGGUCAGGAAGGCUCCGACUCUUCUGGCUUCCUGCCAACUGUAAAACUGAAUUAUUCAAAAGGGGCUUUUCUGCACAGAUAAGGCUGUACUGUAAGCAGACCUUAAAGUUGCCAUCCUCAAAGUUUCGAAGGGAAACUUGAGCAUGAAGCUGCUGAAUUAGCGAAUUUAUUACGCAAAAUUUUGUAUCAAUAAAUCCUAGCUUAAUAUAGAAAGCACUCAUCCAUCUUUAGAUGAUUAUUUGCACUAUUGAUCUUAUGCCUUUUAUCGCUAGCUCUGGUAGGGAGUGAGUUGCAGCUGCCUUAAUUCAUGUUCAUUUGACUACAUUUUGAAUUCAUUUUGUGCUCUCUAUAGCUUUGUGCCACACCAUGUUUGAUCUUUUGGACCCACCUCAUUAAAAAAAAGAUAAUUCUUCUUCUCUCUAUACUCAGAUACUUUCCCUUAAGUUAGCAGUUUGUAUGUCUAACCAAAGGUUUAUACCACAGUAAACUUGUGUCAGAUGAUGCACUAUUUGUUUUGCCCCUGAGGAAUAGAACCUCCCCUUUUAAAUAUCUUAUGAUUUGAUAAUUAUUGUGCUGCUAAUCUUUGAGAAGAAUGUUUUUCAGUUAACAUAACUUUGGGAACAUUUAUUAUUGUAAUUGUUUACAUAAAAUAGCAGAUUCACAGAUGAGUGUGUUUCUUCUGAAAUGAACAAAUGUGAUUGCUUAACAGAUGUUUAGGGGACAUUUGUUUUAUUGAUGAGAUAUAUAUUUAAUUCUUAGAAGUUUACUUCACUUUCUGUUUAGCAACUUUAGACUCCCAUAUACUAAGCAUCAUGAUCUGCAAAGUGGGAAACAGAUGCUAUUUAGAAAUGAAAAUAUGUAUUGUUUCUCUGUUACUGUACCAACUGUGCCUUAUAAAAAACCAACUUGUCGUCAUACUUGUUGUAUUAAAUUUUAUAAUUUCGUACAUUUAACUUCAAAGGAAAUUAAAAAUUCUAAAUGA